CCAAUAACACUCAUGGGUUCUCGCUAGUUUCUCCGUGUGUGAUCCGUAGUUUUCUGGGUUUGAAGCUUUGCAAGUUUGCAGUGAUUUAUGAACCCAUUCUCUCUAGUGUUGAAGGUUUCUGUUUCUUGUCGGGUAAUGCCCCUUCGUCUUAAUUUGUUCUAAACAGAGCUAAAAUCAAUUGGCGGUCAUGGGUCUGCGCUAGUCUUGCUGUUCUCAGUUCUUGGCCUAUGAUGUAUUCGUGUCUUCGCUAAUUUCUCCGAUCUUACUCCGUAGACUGCUAGAAAUCAAGUCUCAGAAGGAUUUCUGUCGAUUCUAUAAUGUAAAAACCAGUCCAAAUAAAUUGAUCUAUUGGAUGCUGUACAAUCUUGCUGGAUUGGUAUUUAUCCGUUGAUGGGGCAGAGUCCUUGCUGCCUAUUGGAAAAAGGGGUAAGAGUAGAUAUGAGGGCUGUAUUGGUCACCCGGUAGUUUGAGUUCCAUACAAAUGGAGAUUGUUUGUUCAUUUCGUUAGUCAUCACUGUUGCUACUCCUAGUAAGCUCUGUGCGUUAAGUGACUAUUAUCUCUUGGACACUCAAUGGAAUGUAAGCAAGUCCGAUUUUUUCGAUCCCUGUUCAAUUGUGAAUGAAUCCAUGCUUUGAGGUUACAUUCGUGUGUAUAUGCCUUCCUAAUUGAUUCAUUUUCUCUUCAUAGAGAUAUACACAAUUCAUUCUUUUAUCAAUCUACUUACUUUUUUCAGAUGUAAACUUCCAUCAUACAGAGAAGGAUCAUAAGUAGUCAUGGACAAAAAAACAGGUCACACAUACAGUAAAAAAGAACCAAACUUUUUUUUUCCCAUCCAAAAUUCAAUGAUUAUCAAGAGUUUUCAUUCUGCCUGCCCAUAGUUUCUCAAAGCUAUCUUAGAUGAUGCAAGUUUAGGUGUCAUAAUGGCCGCUCAAGUCCCUUGAAGUUGUGUGUUCAACAUUAUAGUGUUUUUAUUACCAUCCUCUAAUAGUUGAGAGAGAGAGGAUUAUAAUCCUGUUGUGCCACAGCACGGGUAAACUAUCAUGGAAGAAACAUUUGUGCCCUUUCGUGGAAUCAAGAAUGAUCUUAAAGAUCGAUUAUUUUGCUAUACACAAGAUUGGACUGGUGGCUUUCGGUCAGGUUACAGGAUCCUCGCUCCCACUACAUACAUAUUCUUUGCGUCAGCAAUUCCCGUGAUAUCUUUUGGGGUGCAACUGGAGAGGAAUACAAAUGGAACUAUAACUGCAAUCCAGACUCUUGCAUCGACAGCAUUAUGUGGCAUCAUUCACUCGAUUGUUGGGGGACAGCCACUGCUUAUUCUUGGGGUUGCUGAGCCAACAGUUCUAAUGUACACAUUUAUGUUCAGCUUUGCAAAAGAUAGACAAGAUUUGGGGCAGAAGCUCUUUUUAGCCUGGACAGGAUGGGUUUGUGUGUGGACUGCAGUCUUGCUGUUCUUUCUGGCUAUUCUGGGUGCAUGUUCUUUUAUAAAUAGAUUUACACGUGUUGCAGGUGAACUUUUUGGUCUGCUAAUAGCAAUGCUCUUUAUGCAGCAGGCUAUUCGGGGUGCUGUGGAAGAGUUUGGCAUACCCCAGAGGGAAAACCCUAAUCAGACUGCACUGCUACCAUCAUGGCGUUUUGGCAAUGGAAUGUUUGCAUUGGUUCUCUCCUUCGGCCUUCUUCUAACUGGAUUAAGGAGCCGCAAAGCUAGAUCUUGGCGUUAUGGGAGUGGUUGGCUGAGGGGAUUAAUUGCUGAUUAUGGAGUCCCACUUAUGGUGCUUGUAUGGACUGCUGUAUCUUAUAUACCAGCUAAAGAUGUUCCAAAUGGGAUUCCAAGGCGUCUUGUUAGCCCAAACCCAUGGUCUCCCGGUGCUUACUCAAAUUGGACAGUUAUCAAGGAAAUGUUGACUGUGCCGCCAUUAUAUAUUGUUGGAGCAUUUAUACCUGCCACCAUGAUUGCUGUGCUCUAUUACUUUGAUCACAGUGUUGCAUCUCAGCUUGCCCAGCAAAAGGAGUUCAAUCUGAAGAAGCCACCUUCGUACCAUUAUGACCUCCUUCUUUUGGGUUUCUUGGUUCUAGCAUGUGGUCUUAUCGGCAUCCCUCCUUCUAAUGGAGUUAUUCCACAAUCUCCAAUGCACACCAAAAGUUUGGCUACCCUGAAGCAUCAGCUUUUGCGCAAUAAGCUUGUAUCAACUGCUCGGAAAAGUAUCCGUAAGAAUUCAAGUUUGGGUCAGUUGUAUGGGAGCAUGCAAGAAACAUACAAUCAAAUGCAGACUCCAUUAGUCUUUCGGACUCCACCUGGACUGGGACUGAGAGAGUUAAAAGAAUCCACAAUCCAAUUGGCUUCAAGUAGUGGCAACAUUGAUGCCCCAGUUGACGAGUCUGUGUUUGAUGUAGAGAAAGAUAUUGAUGAUCUUUUACCUGUUGAAGUCAAAGAACAGCGUCUUAGCAAUCUGCUUCAGGCCUUGAUGGUUGGAGGCUGUGUUGCUGCAAUGCCUAUCAUCAAGAAGAUCCCAACUUCAGUUCUUUGGGGCUACUUUGCUUUUAUGGCCAUUGAAAGCUUGCCUGGAAAUCAAUUUUGGGAGAGAAUAUUGUGGCUUUUCACUGCUCCUAGUCGAAGAUACAAGGUGUUGGAGGAGUAUCAUGCAACAUUUGUUGAGACGGUUCCCUUUAAGGCUAUUGCAACAUUUACCAUAUUCCAGACGGUUUACUUGCUUUUGUGUUUUGGCAUAACAUGGAUUCCAAUUGCUGGGGUUCUUUUCCCACUAUUGAUCAUGCUUCUAGUCCCUGUGCGGCAGUAUGUGCUUCCAAAAUUUUUCAAAGGGGCUCAUCUUCAGGACUUGGAUGCUGCAGAAUAUGAAGAAGCCCCAGCUAUAAUAUACAACCUUUCAUUUGAUCAGGGACAAGAUCCUCAAGCAAGAAAUGCUCGUACAGAUAGUGGGGAAAUUCUUGAUGAUAUAAUCACGAGAAGCCGUGGUGAGAUCCGCCACACAUACAGUCCGAAAGUAACAAGUUCAACCCAAACCUCACAAGAUGAUUUUAAGCCUCUGUACAGUCCACGGGUGUCACAGAAGGUAUACAGCCCCCAAUUUGGUGAGCUAAGGGUGGAACAAAGUCCAAAAUUCAGUGGGAAGAUACCUGAAGCUAGGCAAACUCCCAGUCCUCGGCUAUCUAUGCUUGGAGAACACUCUCGUGGGUCAGCACCGAGUUAAAAGCUCGGCUGUUUAUUCAGGUAAGAAAGUUGUCAAGGGUACUUGAGAAGGUCUGUGUUAAGUUUAUGUAACUUAGGUAGUUUCGAGGGUACGCUGUUUCUAACCUGUGGCUUAGUAUGAAUCAUCUUUGGUAGUGUCACUAUGUCUUGUAUCUUCCAAUGGGCUGGCAGCAGAACAUGAUGAUUAUAAAUGGAAUAACAUCAUUUCAUA